CGUUUCCUAGAGACUUCACUGAGACUCUGGGCACUGAACAGGAAAUCCAGGUCCUUAAACUCAGCGUAACCAAAAUCGUUCAAAGUGUCUGGAUUGCUGUGUUCAUGGUUCACGUGGCAAGGCCACGGCACUGAUAUCUAACCAUCCAAAGAAUCCCUUAAUGGAGUCUUCUCUCACAUCAGAGGGCACGCUGUUCGCCAGGAGCGGGGAAACAGUGUUGUGUAUCUGAAAGUAGCCUCUCUGCAGUCUCUAACACAGCUCCCUAAAUUACUGUUCUGGGCAAGGAUCCAGGCGUCAAGAUUGCGACAGUUGACAGUGUGACCACCUAGUUUGCUCUACUGAGAUUAUAGCUUGAUAUGAAGACUUUUUUCAUCUUCACUCUCUUAAGUCUAGCAGUAGCUAAUACUCCCAAAGCCGUUCUGAACGAAUAUAACAAUUCAGAAGAAUACUUACCAGAGAAUUUUAAUGUUCCUUAUAUGGUCUAUCUGCAGUCCAGCCCAGAGCCUUGUGUUGGGACUCUCAUUGACCCUCAGUGGGUGCUCACUGCUGCUCAUUGUUCUUUACCAACUAAAAUCCGACUGGGAGUUUACCGACCCAACAUCAAAAAUGAGAAAGAACAGAUAUGUAAUUACUCAUUCACUGUAGUCCAUCCUAAUUUUGAUGCAAAAUUUCUGAAAAAUGACUUGAUGCUGAUAAAACUCUCAUAUCCUGCUACUAUCAACAUGUAUGUGGGAACUAUAGCCAUAGCUAUGGAACCAAUGGCAUUUAAUGAAACCUGCUUCAUACCAACAUGGACCUGGAAUAACUACAAAAACUUUAGCGAUCCUGACGUCUUGACAUGGAUAAAUGAGUAUUCUCUUUCCCCAAGUGACUGUUUGGACACUCUUCAUCAACAGAAACAAGAAACAAGAAUGAACAUUAUGUGCAUAGGACAUUCACAUAAUGCUAUGUCUGCAACUAAGGAAGUAUCAGCUGCUCCAGCCAUCUGCAGUGGGAGGGUGCAUGGAAUAUUGUCCUGGGGGAAAGCAAGUAUAGCCAAUGGAGGCAAAGGCUUCUUCACUGAAAUUCAUCCCUAUGCAAGAUGGAUCUUAAAAAUGAUACACUCACACUGAGAAGUGAUACCACUCAGUAUAAAAUCAUGCCAUCUCUACAAUGGAUCAACAAUUCAUCAUCUGUCUUAUUGAAACGAACCCAGGGACAACACCUAAUAAAAUAUCACCAGAAAUCUAUGACUCCUACCUUUAUCAUAAUGUAAACUUUGAGAACAAUGAGAACUUUAGUAACAAAAUUGUUUAUUCACACACCAAAAAAAAAAUCAUCGAUCAGCAGACACUUAAUAGCUUCUGAUUGUGCUAAGAGAAAUGUGUGUGACUAUAAAGUGUCCUUUGUCAUAAUUCAGACAAUUCUGUAAUAUUGUAAUGAUUACUCUAAUGCAGAUGAUCAAUAGUCUACAGUGGAACAUAACUCUUAACUAUUCUGCACAGUGGGAGAAUCACCAAGGAAGUAGAUAAACUAAAUAUAAUUGAUUAAAAACCAAAGAACUAUAUACCUGUUAUGCACCCUCAAAAGUAUGUGUUAUAACAACACUUGAGGGAGAAAACUGGCUUUAGGGGAAGGAGAAAUAAUGUAAUAAAAUAAUUAUAUAAUAAUAUAAUUUUAUGUGCCCCACA